GUUCCCUGUCUCUUCUCAUCAAAAUGCCAUACGUUUUGGUAAUUUGGUCUGAUUUCGUUUCAGUGCUGUCUUCUUUCUUGCUCCCUUUCUCUUCUCGAUUUUCGUCAAUCGGUAGAAUUGAUUUCUUGCUCGUCUCGUAUCCCUCUAUUUUUCUAUCGCUUCUCUUCUGUAUUUUGAUUUCUGAUGCAUAUGAAUCUCAUUCUUUAUUAUCGUUUCUUCUUUGUUUAAGAGUUCGGUCAUUCCUCUCUCUCUCUCUCUCUCCCCUUCCAUCGGUGUAUCCAUGGUGAGGUUUUCAUUAUUGUUUCGAGGUUCGACUCUGUGAUUCUUCGACCAGAAAUUGACGUUGAACAAGUUGAUUCUAUUUUGCUAUACUUCUCUUUUUUUUUCUAGGAUGCUUGAAUUGAAGAACUGUUUUUGAUUCCACUUAUCUGUCUCUCCACAAUCUUCCUUUUAUUUUUUUUUUCCGAUCGAGACCCUUCUCUGGCUUUCAACUGUUCUCUCUGUAAUCUGGCAAGCUAUGAUUGGAUCUGUUCCUGUAAGCUUCCCAAUGAACCCGACGGAAUUCAUGUUGGUGUUCUCGCCGAUGCGUCUGCUGAUGAAUUCCUUCGAUGGGUGGUUUAGGUCUUCCAAUGGAAGUUUGGGGAUCACUGACAGCUAUUAAACGUGAUGAAAACACAUUGAAACAAAUAUGGAUCGGACCUUUAUGUAUUAAUAAAUUCUUCUUCUUCUUCUUCAUCAAUCAUCUUCAUUUUUUUUAAUUCUUUUUUCCCUCGUCUCCUGGAAGUGGGGAUCAGUUCAAUUUCAUUAAGUCAUGGCUCUGCAGAAUAGCCCACAGUCCGAAUCUGGACGAUCCGAGCAGAUAAUAUCACAGUUUCUCUUGAAGAGCUUACACAUUGUUUUGGAUUCAAGGAUUCCUUCUCUGCGUCGGCAUGAUCACAAUGGCGACCUGACGCCUGUGUCUCGUGUAAGGAGGAGCGACAAAUGGUUUAACUUAGCCCUUGGAGACCGCCCCGCAGCUCUGGAGAAUUUGAAUUUCUUGCACAGGAACGUUAUGGAUCCCAUGAUAAUCGAUGUGAUGCUGGUCCACGAAGAGUCAACUUCUUCCGCUGUGGAUGAAUUCUGCUCUACUUCGGGAAUGGAUGCUUCUGCAGAGACGGUUAUAGAGAGAUGGAUUGUUCAAUACGAGUCCCCAAGGACCAUGGUUCCUCAAUUGCUCGAAAGUCCUGCCUCCUAUAAGAAGAUGUAUAAGAAAUCCAUCAUACUCCUACGCUCCCUUUAUUCGACAUUGAGGCUUCUGCCAGCUUAUCGGUUAUUUCGCCAGCUAUGUUCUUCCAACCAGACAUAUAAUUUUGAUCUCAUUUAUAAGGUUUCAUCUUUCAGCGAACCAUUCUCGAGGUCAGAGGAGGAUGCCAUGAAACAUCACAGUUUUGUACCAAUAGAGGCUCCUCCUGGUCGCCUUUGCAUAUCCGUUACAUAUCGACCCACACUAUCAGAUUUCAACCUCGAGCCAUCUUCGUUGUUUCCACCACAGAUAAUCACUGAUUAUGUUGGAAGCCCUGCAACUGAUCCUCUGAAGGUUUUCUCCGGCAAGGACAAGGGUGUUCAGCCGACCUCAUUCCCAUUGCGAGGGACUCGCUCGCCCGUAUCUGCUCCAUUUCAGCGCCCACAUAGCUGGACUAGUGGCAUACAUAGAGCAACUCCUUUCACACAGAAUCAUCACCUCGGCGUGUCUCCCCCUGCUUACCGUAGCUCUCAUUUACAUUCUGAUUAUCCUUCUUCUCCCCCCGACUUCUAUGGCCGCAAGAUUCAAGGCUAUAGACCCCCAACGCAUAAAAAGGGUAUCAGUUUUGAUGAAUAUCCGCUUUCCCCUCCAUUCUCAUCAUCUCCAACACCGUCUCCCCCAACAUAUUCUUCUGGUUUGCAAAAUCGUCUACGUUCAGGAAGUGCCCCUGUUAGUAUUCCGCUGCCAAUGAUUGGUAGAAAUCAUAGGUAUCUUACUCCUAACUUCUCUGACCCAAAUAGACACUCUCUUCCACCCAUGUCCCCCAGAAGCACGAAGCCUGAGCUUUCUUCCCAGGAUUCUCCAUCAGGAAGCAGGUCUUUUAGGAAGACAGAUAUUUUAAAAGCAGGAGAGCUCUAUUCUGGGCUUACAAAUCUUUACUUGGGACAGAAGGUCUCCAAAGAUAGUAAAGAUGAUUCAGGGCGAUUCUCAGGAUUGGUUUCUUCGAGUGGUUCUCCGAAGAUUGGAUUUUCGAGGAGUUCCAGCCGAUUGUCAUUCCAGGAUGAUUUAGAUGAGUGCGACUUUUCAUGUCCCUUUGCUGUGGAUGACGUUGAUAUGUCAGAUACUCAAAACAGGAGCCUUGAAGGGAAAGAAACUACUGAGUCUACUUCACAAGUGUUCUCAUCGAGCAGAAAAUCUCAAGAUGCUGCUGUUGGUGUUCUUGUUCACAUGCUAAGGACUGCCCCACCUCUGCGCCAAGACCAUAGUUGUUACUCAUCUCAUUCUCCAAGUGAACUUGAGGGAGAAGCUACUGCCGGUUCUGGAUUAUUUGUGCCCCGAAGGACAGCUGAUGCACUCGCUGAACUCAAAAGUUACAGAGAAAUGAAGGACCUACUCCUCUCUCAGAGUGGAACUCGGCUGGUUGACAAAGAAGAAUCAAAACCAGCUGCUUUUGUUGGAUAAUAUAAAUGUUUCUCUAGUACGUUGGCUUUCAGUGAUUUACUGCUAAUUUGUUUCAGGUAUGUCGCUACAUGUUAGUUUAACAUAGUUAAGAAUGAACUCAUUCUCUGGAAAGAGGGGAUGGAAAAAAGAGAGAGGCGAUGCAUGUACAUACAUACCAUGAGUGGGAGCUGAGAUUGUUUCACAGAAAAAGAACAAUGAUACUGGGUUUGAUAUAUAGUGCCAGUUUGAGUAUUCGAGAAGGAAUUAUAAAUGGGAGAGAUUAUGCCA